UCAUAGGAGUAUCUUACAUUUAACUGUUAUUUUUUUACAAUUAAGAAUUCCAGGCCUGCUAUUGGGAUCCGACUGAGUUUUUAUCUCGAAAACUUCUCGGAGAGAUUCACAGCGCAGCUGCUUUUCUGCAAUCAACAGUGUGAGAAGAAGCGAAACAUAAACUUUUGAGGACUUUAUUAGUCAACAAUAUAACCUCCACUGCGAUUUGUGAAAUCGAAAGGAUUUUAAUCUCCGUAUGAUUAACCGAGGAAGCAACGAAAUGAUCAGCCCGUACGUGGAUACCUCGCACAAUCCACACCUACCACCCGGCGCCUUAAAGCUGAGUCCGUCAGAUCCAGUGAUCGAAAGCAGUAUCCACAGCCAAGCCAAUUCACCGUACAGCUCACCACCGAAUGGAUAUGGUGUACCAAUGUCACAUCAUGUUGCCAGUAAUUACACAUCAAGAGACUUGCUGUUCCGUCGUCCAGACUUAAGUUUUCCUGAUACCAGUACAACACAUUCUGCAAUAUAUCCGUCCAGCGGCGGCUUCGCAUAUCCAGACAGCACAAAUCGAGUUUUGUUUCCUAGCUAUCAUGAGCCAUCACAUUAUUCAGGACAUUACAAUGACCAGAUGAGAUUUGCAUCAGACAUUUAUUCUAGAGCCGAUCAAUUUAAUCAGCUAGCGAGACCUGAGCCAUUUGGACAUUCGCAACACUUUGGUAUGGGGCAUAUGAACGCUAUGAAUCCAAUGAACAUUGCGUCUCACAGUCCCGGUGCUUUCUUUCGUUAUAUGAGACCCCAGAUUAAACAGGAACACACAUGUUUAUGGAUCGAAAGUGAUCAACAGGAGCCCAAGAAGCCAUGCAACAAGGUGUUCAACACCAUGCACGAGAUUGUAACGCAUAUAACUGUUGACCAUGUUGGAGGUCCAGAGCAGAGUGACCAUGCUUGUUACUGGCAUGAAUGUGCUAGAGAAGGAAAACCAUUUAAGGCAAAGUACAAGUUGGUAAACCACAUCCGAGUCCAUACUGGUGAAAAGCCAUUUCCAUGUCCAUUUCCAGGCUGUGGCAAAGUCUUCGCCAGAUCUGAAAACUUAAAAAUCCACAAGAGAACACAUACAGGCGAGAAACCAUUUCCAUGCGAGUUUCCAGGAUGUGACAGAAGAUUUGCUAAUAGUUCGGAUAGAAAGAAGCACUCGCAUGUUCACACUAGCGAUAAACCAUACUGCUGUCGCGUUCGAGGUUGUGAGAAGACAUACACCCAUCCUAGCUCACUAAGAAAACACAUGAAGAUUCACGGUAAUAUUUCACCUAUUCCCGACAACGAAUUCUCUACUAACGAUGAAAAUAGUGAAAACAGUGACUCUACCCAUAGUCCAAAUUCCCUAAAGUCUAUGCAGCCAUUAUCAUCAUCACCUUGCAGCAGUGAUUCCGAAAGUCAACACCACGACCAGCAACCUAUGUCUUCUGCUACUAGUCCAGCACUUCCGGUUCAUCCAACGCCCACACUUCCGCAAUCUAGUUUGUCGCAAUUAAACGAAUGGUACGUAUGUCAGAACACCAACGUGUCUCAAUCUAGUGAACAUUUGCCUAUGAACAGUUUUUGUAGUCUUGCCAUGCAUCAACAGCCGCUGCUUCAGUUCUCUUGAUCAACCGAUAUCAAAUGAUAUAGUGCAUUUUUAUUUGAACAUACAUGUGUAUGACUGUUUUGUUAAUAAUGUUAUUGAAGAUUGUUAAUGUGAUAUUUACGAUAUUUCCGAUUGAAUCUCAUUAGUGUGUUUACUUUAAAAACAUUAGUGCUAAUACGGCACCGUGUAAAUAAUAUAAUGAACGCUAAAGAUGUAUAUGACGGUUAAUAUACCUCAAUUUUGUGCAAUAAUUUGACGUAUGAAGAAAAUAAAAUAAUUUAUAAAUGUUUA